UAAUUGGCCCCCGUUGCCUAUAUGAGCAACGCACCUCGCCGACCCCGCGAUCGGUACACUAUCUGCUUACUCUUUGCGCCACGUCCUUCACUAUGGCAACGCAGCGACUUCAGAAAUUGCACCACGCGCUUGGAGUUGCUGUCACUUACCUCUUUUCUCUUGCGAUAUUCGCAGCUCCGUUCAUGUUGAUGCAUGCCUUACUUCCACGCUCCUGGUUCAUAGCAUGCUCGACUAUUCCAUUUACCAUACUUGGGAUCUGCUUCUGCAGGGUCUUCAGACAGGAAUAUGCGAAACGCUACGAAAAAGACCUCGAUACUUAUGAUUCAUCAUCGAUCGACAAACGGUCACAAACCAUCCAUGACAUAGAAAAAGUUAGGGAAAUUCGUCCAGCUAGUGUUCUUACCAUGUUCCACAAUACAUCCAAGCGACUCUUCCCCGGGCUCGUCAAAACGGCUCGCACUGUUGCCGGCAUGUGCGUUUGGAUCAUGGUAUUGACAAUGCCCGUUAUCUUCGUCAAACGUUUACUUCCGCACAGCUUGUUUGUUGCAUUAUGCAUUGCUGCUGUUCUAAGUUUUUUGAACUGGCUGUACUGGACCUUCGCGCGUUAUCGCUAUGAGGGUCAUCUCACCGCUGAUCAAUUAACCUUGAUCGUCAAGCUGCGCCAGAUCGUCGCCGACACCGCAGCCCAUACAAACAGCCGGAGGACGCAAGACAGGGCUCGAUUACCGGAGAAGCCUUCCCUAUCGGACGUCCAGGAGAUCUUCCAAGAAUGUGAAGUUGCGAUCGGUCUCCUCGACCGGAAUGUGCGGUGGGCUAUCAACCAACUAUCGACAGCGGCCAUCGCACAAAACGAUCACCCCCUCCAAAUUUACAUGUUCGGAAAGCUUAUACUUGCCCACGAGGCUAAAGAAGGUAAAGACAGCGAUGCAGUGAUCUGGUCCCAUGCACAGCUUGGCCGGCUUCACUUUUUAGGCAAGGACUACGAAAAGGCCACACAAAGUCUAGAGAGCGCGAUGCAGAUCCAGGAGCACUACGUCCAAAACGGAAUCAAUUCAAAGAGAAUUCUCAAACCCGAGGAAUUUCUCUUGUGCAGAAAGACUCUUGCUAUAGCGUAUGUUGUGAGUGAGCAAUUUGACGCUGCCGAGAUCCUGCUUCUCGAAUUGAUCUCCUUGGAAAAGGCAAGAAGCGCCGUGCCCACGGAAACGCUAGGAAUCGAGCAUCUGAGUAGCUGUCUGAUAGGGGUGUAUGCUAAGAAGAUCGAGAAGAAAGCCGGCAGGCCCAGUGAAGAAGGAUCCGAAAACAUCGCAAUACGAUAUAUGUGCGAUGCGCUUCUUGUCGCAUCUGAACUACCAUCAUGGUACGCAUUUCAUCUCAAAGCUUUAGGUCGGUCUUUCAUUUUCAUGGGCAAGAGUCACGAUGCAGACAUGGCCUUCAGGCUCGCAAAUACAGUUCAGCAGGAUGGGGAUAAGAUCGGCAUACCUCAGAAGCGAGAAUGCUCCACUGGAGAAGAUCACACGCAUUCCUUCCGAACUUGCGAUGUGUGCAGCGCAGAUAUCUAUCACGAUGAUAGCUGGUUCUUCUGCAAAACAUGUCGAGAUAUAGAUCUUUGUGUUCAGUGUUAUUCGAACUUUGCGCAGUAUGAGAGUCGCGAUUGGGAGGGAAUUGAGAAGUUUACGAAGGAGUGCAUUGAUCACGAAUUCUAUGAGGUGCGGAAUGACCUGCGAGAAGAUGGAAUCACGAUCGAAAACUGGAUAUCGGAUGUUUGUCAGCGAUUGAAGAUGGAAAUGUAG